AUGGCGUCCAUGGAAGAGAGACCGGGUAUGCAAGAGAUAAAUUUAAUGUCUCUUGCAUUACCACAAUUAAAUCAAUUAAAAAAUCAAUUAGAUCAGGAAUUGGGUGUUUUUCAAGAAUCAUUAGAAACAUUAAAACUUGCCCAAAACAAAUUGACUGAAUCGAGCGAAAGUUUAAAAAAAAUAACAAAAAACAGUUUGGAUUCUGAAAUAUUGGUACCAUUAUCUGCGUCUAUGUACGUACCUGGAAAAAUCAUUGAUGCAGAUAAUAUUAUAAUUGAUGUUGGUACUGGUUACUAUAUUAAAAAGAAUAUUAAUGGAGGAAUAGAUUACUUUAAAAGAAAAGUAGACUUUGUUACUGGGCAAAUGGAAAAAAUUCAAGCGAUUGGAAUAGAAAAGAGUAAAGUGAGAGAUGCAAUAGUAGAAGUAAUGGAAAUUAAAUUGCAAGCUCAUCUACAGUCGACUGCAAAACCGGACUCGAAAAUAUCUUGUUCAUUUCAUUAAAUAACUGUUAUUGUGUAAUAAUUUGAACUUUUUAAAUAAUUAAUUAAUUAAUUAAUUUUAUAUUUAUAAAUUUUAUAAUUCAUUUUUUAAUUAAACAACUUUCUUAAUUUAA